AUGCUGUUUUGGGUGUUGGCCCUCCUGCUCCUCUGUGCUUUUCUGUGGAAGUAUAAAGGGCAGCUGAAGACAGUAGACAUCGCUGACAAGUAUGUUUUCAUCACCGGAUGUGACACAGGCUUUGGAAACUUAGCAGCCAGAACUUUUGAUAAAAAGGGCUUCCAUGUCAUUGCCGCCUGCCUGACCGAGUCAGGAUCAGCUGCUUUGAAGGCCAAAACCUCAGAGAAACUUCACACAGUGCUUCUGGACGUCACUGACCCAGAGAAUGUCAAGAAGACUGCCCAGUGGGUGAAGAGCCAUGUAGGAGAAAAAGGUCUCUGGGGUCUGAUCAAUAAUGCUGGUGUUCUUGGAGUGCUGGCUCCCACUGACUGGCUGACAGUGGAUGACUACAGAGAACCUAUUGAAGUUAACCUGUUUGGACUCAUCAACGUGACACUGAAUAUGCUUCCACUGGUCAAAAAAGCUCGAGGGCGUGUUAUCAACGUCUCCAGCAUUGGAGGUCGGCUUGCAUUUGGUGGUGGGGGCUAUACCCCAUCCAAGUAUGCAGUGGAAGGUUUCAAUGACAGUCUAAGGCGGGACAUGAAAGCUUUCGGUGUCCAUGUCUCAUGCAUUGAACCAGGGCUGUUCAAAACGGAGCUGGCAGAUCCAAUCAAGACAACUGAAAAAAAACUUGCCAUUUGGAAACAUCUGUCUCCGGACAUCAAACAACAAUAUGGAGAGGGCUACAUUGAAAAAAGUCUACACAAACUCAAAAGCAAUACCUCCUCGGUGAACUUGGACCUCUCUCUCGUGGUAGAGUGCAUGGACCAUGCCCUAACAAGCCUCUUCCCCAAGACUCGGUACAUUGCUGGGAAAGACGCCAAGACAUUUUGGAUACCUCUGUCUCACAUGCCAGCAGUUUUACAAGACUUUUUAUUGUUGAAGCAGAAAGUAGAGCUGGCAAAUCCCAAAGCUGUGUGACUUAACUGACCACAAAUGCCUGCCCCCAGUUUCAAGAUUGACUGAUUUCAGAGACUUAUCACCUCGAUCUCAUUCUUUACCAGACCCAACUUGGACUCAGUUAUACCAUGUUUCUGUUUAUAAAAGAAGAUAUUCCAUG